AUGGGCACUCGGAGUCUCAUUUGUGUCUGGUACAAGGGUCGCUUUGUUAUUGCCCAGUACACUCAGUUCGAUGGGUACCCAGAGGGCCAGGGGGGGCACAUUUUGCGUUUUCUGUUGGCCGCCGGCAAUGUGGAGCGCUUAAAGGCUGGUCUCGAACAUGUCAAAGUCAUCAGUGACAAGGAGCUGCGGCAAAUUCAAGAGAAAGUCCAGCAGGAUAGCAGGGCCAAGAAAAAUGCUGGAGAUCAGGCUACAACAUAUGACAGGAUGAGCGGGGAGAGCGAGAUGGAUCGCCUGUUCCCUUCUCUCUCCCGCCUGACGGGCGGGGGCAUCCUAGCCGUCGUUGCCGAAGCCACCGCCGAAAAGACCAUCCCCAUCCUCAUGGAUUUGAGAUUUGCCAAUGACUCCUUGUUCUGCGAGUGGGCCUACUGUGUUGAUCUUGAUGCCGGGGUUUUUGAAGUAUUUGGAGGGGGCUGUUCCAAGGAAAGCUCCGGCAGCACACGGUUUCAGGAUGUUGGAGGACCAGAGGAGCCUGUCCCGACUUUCAUUAAAAGCUUCCCCCUUGACAAACUUCCCAAGAAUCAAGACGUGCUUGUUCGGACUUUAAACAAGGCUAUUGAUGCGCUGCAUCGGGGACGAAGGGGCGAUGGUGAUCUUGAUGAUGACGAGAUGGAGGAAGAAGAGGAAGACGAUGAGGAGGAUGAUGGUGAAGAAGAAGGGGACUUGAAGGAGGGGAGUGACAAGACUGCUGCAGAUGCCUCGGGAGAAAAAAUAGCAACAUAUUGA